AUGUCAGAGGAAGACGAUCACUGGAAUUUAGUUAGAUUACGUAAAUUACGUAAGGGAAAAGAGGAAGAAGAGGAGUCAUCGAAAUCGGAAAUAUCGUUGGAUAGUUUGCAUGAAAGCUCUUUCGCGGGAGAGGAUGACGACGACUUCGACGCAGAUGUCCUAUCAAACACUAGCAGCGAGGAAUCUACACAGAUGAAUCGUAUCUAUGAUUUUAGGACAUCUGAUGGAUUUAAUAGCGGUGUAGGCAAUACUGAUCAAACCACGGUUUCUACUAUUUCAGAGUCCUUUGACACCUUGUCAGGUUCAAAGAUUGGCGGGACAGUAUUGCCGAGCUUUGAAGGUUCCAAAUUAAAGGAUAGUACGCCUGAGACGUCUAGGAGAAGGGAUUCUGGCUUACAGAUGGAUGAUAUCAUAGAUAUAAGCGAGAACAAGCCGAAUAAACUGAAGAUGUGGCAUGUUAUCAUGUUGUCCUCACUGCUUUCCAUGACUUUUUCAUACCUAGCCGUUGAAUACUCCCUAACUGGUGAUGUUUUUGCAGGUUUUAAAUCGCAGCAGCUAUUACGUGAUAACGAAAGGAAACUGUUGUACAGUAACAUUGAUUUUGUUAAUAAAAGAUCCUACGAUUCAACAAGUGACUCUUUGAGUCAGUGGGCUCCUUCGGGAAAGUACUACGUUGACUUCGACAACCAUAUCGCAUAUCCAUUGAAGGAUAAUGAUUUAAUGGGUUGGAAAAGAUACAAAACGAAUUUGGUUAUUUUUUGGUAUACAUCGAAGGCUCGGAUGAGGGAUGGCUGGCAUAAGAGAAUCGUCAAAAUAAACGGGGGAAGGAUGAAAUUACAUGCAUUUGUCAAGAGAGCCUUUAGGUCCACUCUUGACAACCUGAAGUUAUUUCAUACAGAACAGAAACGCCAUUGGCAAAAGCUCUUUGCGUUGUUUCAAAGUAAAUAUAAGCAAAUUUCUCCACGUCUUGGGAAGUCCUUCAAACAUUCUUGUCGAAAAGCAAAGCAAUUCGGGUCAAGCUCCAAACUUCAACUACGCAAACUUCGCUUCGACUCUGUGAAGCCAUUCCGUGCUUUCAAAUUCAAGGUCCGUGAAGAUACCAAUUGGUUUAUCAAGCAACUGAAACUGUUUGCAUUGAAGUUUAAGCAUUUGAAAAUUGGCAAAUCAGUAUCAAAAUACAAGAAAAAGAGCUACUUCAAAUGCAAACAUUAG